AUGGCCGAUAUCACCGACCAACACGACCAAGGCUCGCCAUCCGCCCUUGAUGAACACGCUGUCGGAAAUGGCAAUUCAAUUGCAGGAGAGAACCGUGGUGUCAAGCGCCAACGCCCAUCAACUGCGGACGACGAUGAUGAUGAUGAUGAUAAGCCAGGACGCGAGCGCAGAAAGAUCGAGAUCAAAUUCAUCACGGACAAGUCGCGUCGCCACAUCACCUUCUCCAAGCGCAAGGCUGGUAUCAUGAAGAAGGCAUACGAAUUAUCGGUCCUCACUGGAACUCAGGUCCUCCUACUCGUUGUCUCCGAAACUGGUCUUGUCUACACUUUCACCACACCAAAGCUCCAGCCACUCGUCACGAAGGCCGAGGGAAAGAACUUGAUCCAAGCCUGUCUAAACGCCCCCGAGCCUGCCGGUAACGGAGAGAAUGGGGUAGACGAUCAAAAUACUGUUGACUCUCCAGAGGAGCAACCUGCUCAACACAUCCCAGCUCCGAACCGAGCCGGAAUGCCACAACAAGCAAAUAUGCACCCUAACUACAUGCCUCAGACUCUGGAGCACCAGCAAGCCCUCGCCUAUCAGAAUUACAUUACUCAACAACAGAGGGGGGGUGGUUACCCAAUACCUCCCCAGGGCGGUAUUCCCCAGCAACAUUCACAUCAAGCAUAG